AUGGUGACAGAAUAUAUAUACAGCCUUUUACAGAGUGGUGAUCAAUACAGAAUGUUGAUAAAUAUAUACAGUGAUUUAGAUAUAAACAUCUUUGCAUGUCAGUCAUUCUUUAUUGGAGAAGAAGAGAGAAGAUUUAGAUUGUUAUCUGAAGGACCUAGUGAAGCAACUUGUGGAAGUUCACAAUUAUUUUCUGUGCUGUUUCUGGUGCCAGUGAGUUUGCCAAAGAAUGAGAUUUAUGUUAAUAUAUGUUUACCAUCACAGGAUGUUAGUGAUUGUCAUAGUACAGGCAUUAUUGAAAGUCACCCAGUGAAAUAUUUGACACCAUUAGAGUUGACAGCUACCCUACCUCCAAAAUACCCCUCUAGUGCUUCACCUAAAAUCACAUUAUCAUCAUCAUGGUUGAAUGGUGCUCAGCUGACCAGUUUGUGUUCACAACUUAUCAUUUUAUGGGAAGAUUAUGAAGGAAUGCCUAUACUAAAUACAUGGAUUGAUUGGUUAGAACAUAAUACUCUCAGUUAUUUAGGUAUAGAAGAUGGAGUAAACUUACAGAUAUCUGGGGGUAGCAGUGCUGAAUGGGAUGAAAGAGUUGGAUUUGAAUUUAACAAUGUUGAAGAGACUCUUAAUGAUUUAUUCAGGUACAACCAACAAGAGGAAGCAGUAGAUUUUAUUAAUCAUGAUCAGGAAUGUUCCAUUUGUUUCACAGAGAAAUCAGGUCGAGAUUUCUACAGUUUCUUGCCAUGUAAACAUUAUUACUGUAAAGAAUGUGUUGCUGAUUUCUGCUCUAUUCAUGUUAAAGAUGGUACAGUCCAACAAUUGCAAUGUUUAGAAACCAGUUGUAAAUCAGAAAUGAAACCUUAUAUCAUGAAGGAAGUGUUAGAUAAAGAGGAAUUCAAGAGAUGGGAACAACUUACUUUUCAGAAAGGCCUUGAUUCAAUGGGAGACAUCUCAUACUGUCCACGAUGUGAGAUUGCUAUUAUCACAGAAGAAAAUUCUUUAAAUAUGGCUCAUUGUGAAAUGUGUCAGUUUUCAUUCUGUUUGGAAUGUUCAGAACCAGUCCAUCCUGGUGAAAUAUGUUUCUUCAAAAAAGAAAACAAGGAAGAAGAGAAGAAUGAUAUAGAAGGGGAAAAUGAAAAGGAAUUUCAGCAGAAACUAAAACGAAUGGCAGAAUCAAAAAGCCAUGAAUUUUUGAAAGAGAAAUCAAAGAAAUGUCCUGUUUGUAAAGUGAAAAUUAUAAAAGCUGGAGGAUGUAACCAUGUGGUGUGUACAGUGUGUAAGAGUUCUAUGUGUUGGGCGUGUGGACAGGAUACAACUCAAGGUUCAUACACACAUUUUCAGGAAUCUCCAGAUUGUUCUCUAUAUAUAUUUAAUGAACAUUUUCCACCAGAAACCAAUGAACCGCCAAUGAUAAUACAGGAUCUAAACACAGCAUUAGGACUAGGAAAAACAAUAGAUCAUGUGAUGUGUCCAGAAUGUACAGAAAACAAUUUACGCCAACAAAACUUUAAUCAUGUUAUAUGCUGGAAGUGUAGUACAAAUUUUUGCUAUCUUUGUAAGAAAAGGUUACACCCCCCUAUUGCUAGACAUUUUUUAAGGACUAAAUGUAGCAAGUAUUCAGAUAAUUGAUGAUUUUAUGCCUAGAUGUGUUCUCACUGUUCUGUCAAAAAUUUGGUUUUCUUUUUAGCCAAAGAAAUUUUCCUUAUGAAAAGUUUUCCAAGUCAAAGGUUAAGAUUACACUUUCUAUAAAAGACUGAAAAGUGAGCUAAAUAUAGGUUUCUGUAUGAUGUGUAUUGAAUUACAUAUCUUUUCAUUUCAAACCUUUUAUUUCGAUAAAUGGACUUUGGAUCAAAAUACUUUGUUGAUUUGAUGUGUUUUAGGCAUAACAGGAACUAUAAACUGAAUGUAACUUUGAAAAAUCUUUGAAUCAUACACCAAGUUUUUUACCACACUUUCAUUGAUAAUAACAUUUCAGAAGAUUAUGAUAAUUGUUUUAAUGAACUUAGUAGAUUAUAGAUUAUAAAAGGAACAUCUAUAAAUAGACUGCAUUUUUUUUUAAAGAAUAUUUUUUAGGGUUAUAUCUUCUUUUCCAAACAUCUAAUUUGGACCUAACUUUAGACAUUUAAGGCAUUUUGGGAGUGUUUUUUUUUUUUUUUUUAUAAAAAUGUGAGACAGCAGGACAUUUUAUGCCACACUUACAUUAGUAGGGGUUUUAUUUUUUCUUGUCUUUGCAUCCAUCUGUACCUUAAAAGGUUAAAGUUUAAGGUACUUUGUGGUCAGAUCAACUUGAAACUUAGUUCACAGGC